AUGUCACGCCGAAACAUCGCCAUCAUAGGCGCGAAUGGCCAUCUUGGCCCAUCGAUUUUGAAUGCUCUUCUAGCCGAGCCAAAUUUUAAGACUACAGUCAUUUCCAGAAAAUCCUCAAAGUCAACCUAUCCCAAUGGCGCAAACGUUUUGUCUGUUUCCGAUGACUUGCCUAUGGGAGAACUGAUUGAUGCUCUUCAUGGCCAUGAUGCUCUUUUGUGCACUUUUGGUGGUACACUGGUUGAAAUGCAGAUUAAGCUUGCAGACGCUUGUAUCGCUGCUGGUGUUCGCACCUUCAUACCAGCAGACUUUGGCUCUUGCGACUCUUCGAGUCCUCGUGCAUUGGAACUUGUUCCAUUGUAUGUUGGCAAAACCAAAGUGCGCGAUUAUCUCAGGUCGCAAGAGGACAAGCUCUCAUGGACAUCGCUUGUCUGUGGCCACUUCUUUGAUUACGGUCUGAAGAGUGGGCUGCUUCAUGUGGAUCUCAGUAAACGCGAAGCAAUGAUAUUCGACGGAGGUGAUAUUCGAGGAAGCGCUUCAACUCUUGCCAGGGUUGCUGAGGCGACUGUGCAGGUACUGCACCAGGAGGCGGCAACAAAGAAUAGGAUGCUCUAUGUGCAGAGCUUCUGUGUCAGCCAGAACGAGGUCUUGAAAGCAACCGAGAAGGUCGUUGAUGCGAAAUUUGACGUGAAGAAUAUUGACUCUGAUACCUACAUCAAGCACCUCCAGCACAUACUCGAGGAGAAUCCAAAUGAUGGUGAGGCCAUUGAGAACAUGGUCGGAGUCGUUGGCAUCAUCGAUGCAAACUGGGAAGAGAAGCAGGACUUCGCCAUGGACCUUCUUGGACUGAAGGAUGAAAACCUUGAAGAUGUUGUAAAGAGGACUCUUCAUGUAUAG